AUGGAAACAUUCUGCUCAGGGUCAAAGAUUAACCGUUCACAGAUUGGCUCGUACGGCAUACUGAAUGAUCGUCUGACAACAUGUUUUUGUCAACCCUUACGAUCGACCUUGAUUGAACUCAGUACCAAAAAUGAACAACUAAAACAACGGAUGAAUGCACAACAAGCUGAAAUAGAUAGUUUAAAAGAUCAAUUAUCAAGCCUACUGAACAAAAAAUCGAACAGUGAACUAUCAUCAUCAGAAAAAAGUUCAUAUAACAAUUGUCGUGAUUGUCUUUACCUGACCGCUACUGGUUGUAAUCCAGCCGGUUAUUAUCAUACAACUUAUGAAUUCGACGAUAAAGGAAUAAAACAUGGUGUUUCGAUUUCUUAUUGUAAAUGCCGUUGUCCUAAAUAG